AUGGAAAAUAAUUUUCAAAAUAUAAGAAUUUCCUCAAAUAAUACAAAUACUAAUAAUAGUAAUAAUAACAACAACGAUAACGAUAAUGAUAAUGAUAUAGAAAAUAUAGAAAAUAAUUUUAAUAAUAUAUCAGAUCAAUUGGAAAAUGAAUCAAUUAAGUUUAUUUCAAAUUUAGAUAAUCAUAAUAAAGAUAUUGAACUAGGAGAAAGGAUUGACGAAGGGGAGGAGUAUUUCAAACUAAGACAAUAUUUUGAAAAUUCACAAAGGCAACAAAUUCAAAUUGGUGGGAAACCAAAAAAAAUGGGUGUUUCAAUAAAAAAUUUAACAGUUGUUGGUCGAGGCGCAGAUAGCUCAAUCAUAGCUGAUAAUUUAACACCUUUUAAAGGUAUUCUUAAUUUAUUUAAUCCUCUUAAAUAUUUUAAAGAAAAUAAAUUUUUAACAUUUAAUAUUUUAAAUGAUAUUAAUAUGUUUGUUGAAGACGGAGAAAUGCUUUUAGUUUUAGGCCGUCCAGGUGCUGGUUGUAGUACCCUUCUUCGUGUUAUUUCAAAUCAAACAGAGUCUUACAUUGAUGUCAAAGGUGAAGUAAAAUAUGGUAAUAUUCCAGCAGCUGAUUGGAAAAAUAAAUAUCGUGGUGAAACACUUUAUACACCAGAAGAAGAUAUCCAUUUCCCCACUUUAUCUGUAAAAGAAACUUUAGAUUUUACUUUAAAAUUAAAAACUCCAUCACAACGUUUACCAGAAGAAUCCAAAAAGAAUUUUCGUAAUAAAAUUUAUGAUUUAUUAGUUGGUAUGUUCGGUUUGGUUAAUCAAAGGGAUACCAUGGUUGGAAAUGAGUAUAUCAGAGGUUUAAGUGGAGGUGAGCGUAAAAGAAUCACCAUUACCGAAGCUAUGGUUUCUGGUGCAUCAAUUACAUGUUGGGAUUGUUCAACUAGAGGUCUUGAUGCUGCAUCAGCAUUUGAUUAUGCCAAGUCUUUAAGAAUAAUGUCAGAUACAUUAAAUAAAACUACAAUCGCAUCAUUUUAUCAAGCUUCAGAAAGUAUUUAUAAUCUUUUUGAUAAAGUUUUAAUUUUAGAUAAAGGUCGUUGUAUUUAUUUCGGUCCAGUUGGUUUAGCAAAACAAUAUUUUUAUGAAUUGGGUUUUGAUUGUGAACCAAGAAAAUCAACACCAGAUUUCUUAACUGGUGUUACUAAUCCACAAGAACGUAUUAUUAGAUCAGGUUUUGAAGGUAGGGUUCCAGAAACAUCAGCAGAUUUUGAAAAUUCUUGGAAAAACUCAAAACUUUAUUCUAAAGCUUUAAAUGAUCAAGAUGAUUAUGAAAAGAGAGUCGAGGAACAAAAACCAUCAAUCGAAUUUAAGGAACAGGUUUUAAAUGAAAAAAGUAGAACCACUUCAAAGAAAUCACCAUACAGUUCUAGUUUUAUUGGUCAAAUUUGGGCUUUAACUAACAGACAGUUUCUCUUGGUAUAUGGAGAUAAGUUUACAUUGGUAACAGGUCUUUUAACAGUCAUUAUUCAAAGUUUUAUUUAUGGUGGUAUUUUCUUUCAACAAGAAAAGAGUGUAAAUGGUUUGUUUACCAGAGGAGGAGCUAUUUUCUCAUCAAUCAUUUUCAAUUGCAUCCUUACUCAAAAGGAAUUAAUCAACUCAUUUACUGGUCGUCGUAUUUUAUUGAAGCACAAGAGUUAUGCAUUAUAUAGACCAGCUGCUUUCUUUUUAUCUCAAAUUUUUGUUGAUAUUCCAUUUGCACUUUUUCAAGUUUUCCUCCAUUCAAUUAUUUCUUAUUUCAUGUAUGGUUUAGAAUAUAAUGCCGCCAAAUUCUUCAUUUUCAGCUUCACUUUGGUUGGUGUUUCAUUAUCAAGUGGUGCUCUAUUUAGGGCAUUUGCAAAUUUUACUCCAUCCCUCUUUACUGCUCAAAAUUUAAUGAACUUUGUUUUCAUUUUUAUGGUUAAUUAUUUCGGUUAUACUAUUCCUUAUGAUAAAAUGCACCCAUGGUUUAAAUGGUUCUUUUGGGUCAAUCCACUUGGUUAUGGUUUCAAAGCAUUAAUGAUUAAUGAAUUAGAAGGUCAAAGUUUCCCAUGUGAUUCAAAUGCUAUUCCAGGCAAUGAUUUCUUGUAUCCAAAUAGUACCCAUAGAAUUUGUCCAACCCCAGGUGCCAUAGAAGGUGAAUUAACUGUUCGUGGUGAAGAUUAUAUCUAUAAUGCUUUCCAAUUCAAAGCUUCAGAAAAAGCUAUUGACGUUAUUGCCAUUUAUUUAUUAUGGUUAUUCUAUAUUGCAUUGAAUGUUUUUGCAAUUGAAUUUUUUGAUUGGACAUCCGGCGGUUACACUCACAAAGUUUAUAAAAAGGGAAAAGCACCAAAGCUUAAUGAUGUUGAAGAAGAGAAAUUACAAAAUAAAAUUGUUCAAGAAGCUACAAGCAAUAUGAAAGAUACUUUAAAGAUGGUUGGCGGUAUCUUUACUUGGGAAAAGAUUAAUUAUACAGUUCCUGUUCAAGGUGGAGAAAGAUUAUUAUUAGAUAAUGUUAUGGGUUGGAUCAAACCAGGUCAAAUGACUGCUUUAAUGGGCUCUAGCGGUGCUGGUAAAACCACUUUGUUAGAUGUAUUGGCAAAAAGAAAAACAAUUGGACAUGUAGAGGGUAUUUCUCUUUUAAAUGGUAAAACAUUAGAGAUUGACUUUGAACGUAUUACUGGUUAUGUUGAACAAAUGGAUGUUCAUAACCCAGGUUUAACUGUUCGUGAAGCUCUUAGAUUCUCUGCUAAACUUCGUCAAGAUCCAUCAAUUCCAGUGGAAGAAAAAUUUGCUUAUGUUGAGCAUGUUUUAGAAAUGAUGGAAAUGAAACAUUUGGGUGAUGCCUUGGUUGGAAAUUUAGAUACUGGUGUUGGUAUAUCAGUUGAAGAAAGAAAGCGUUUAACAAUUGGUCUCGAGUUAGUUGCUAAACCACAUAUUCUUUUCCUCGAUGAACCAACCUCUGGUCUCGAUGCUCAAUCAUCUUAUAAUAUUAUUAAGUUCCUCCGUAAACUUGCAGAUGCUGGAAUGCCAUUGGUUUGUACAAUUCAUCAACCAUCAAGUGUAUUAUUUGAACAUUUUGAUCGUUUAUUAUUAUUAGCUCGUGGUGGUAAAACUGUUUACUUUGGUGAUAUUGGUAAAAAAUCAGCAACUUUAUCAGGAUUUUUACAACGUAAUGGUGCUCGUCCAAUGAUGGAUGACGAAAAUCCAGCUGAAUAUAUGCUAGAAUGUAUUGGUGCAGGUGUUCAUGGUAAAACUGAUGUUGACUGGCCAGUCGCAUGGACCCAAUCACCAGAAUAUCAAAGUAUUCAACAAGAACUUCAAUUAUUAAAAACCCCAGAAGAAUUAGCCAAAUACUACUAUUCUGAAAACUCUGGUAAAAAAGAAGCUCAACCAAGAGAAUUUGCCACCUCCUUCCUCACUCAAUUUUUUGAAGUUUAUAAACGUCUAAACCUUAUCUGGUGGAGAGAUCCAUUCUAUUCAAUUGGUUCAUUCUCACAAUCGAUUAUCUCUGGCUUAAUCGUUGGUUUUACUUUCUAUGGUCUCGAUGGUCAAGUUUCUUCAUCAGAUAUGAAUCAACGUAUUUUCAUGUGUUGGGAAGGUAUGAUUCUCUCAGUUCUCUUAAUUUAUUUAGUUUUACCACAAUUCUUUAUUCAAAAAGAAUACUUCAAAAGAGAUUUUGCAAGUAAAUAUUACUCUUGGCAUGCAUUUUCCCUUGGUAUGGUUGUUGUUGAAAUCCCAUAUGUCAUCAUAUCAUCAACUCUUUUCUUUGUUACUAGUUUUUGGACAGCUGGUUUACAAACUGGUGUUGCAAGUAAAGAUUUUUAUCUUUGGUUAAUUCACACAUUAUUUAGUGUUAAUAUUGUUGCAUUUGCUCAAGCAUUAGGUGCCGCAUGUGUCAAUAUUGCUAUCUCUAUGGCUGUUCUUCCAAUUGUUUUAAUUUAUAUUUUCCUUUUAUGCGGUGUUUUAGUUCCACCACCACAAAUGUCCAAGUUUUUUAGCGGCUGGUUAUAUCCACUCAACCCAGCUGGUUACUUCCUUGAAGGAUUUAUUACAACUGUUUUAGAACCAAUCAAAGUAAUUUGUAGCCCUCAAGAUCUUGUUAAAUUUACCGCUCCUGAAGGAAUGACUUGUGAAACCUACUCAGAACCAUUCAUUUCAAACCCAGCUACAACCGGAUAUGUAACAUCAAUUAACAAUAGCACAAACGAAUGUGGUUAUUGUAUUUAUAAAAAUGGUGCUGACUAUUACGAAAAUGAAUUACAAUUUGACUAUGCUCAUCGUUGGAGAAACUUUGGUAUCUUAUGUGCUUAUUGGGGAUUCAAUAUAUUAGCUGUUCUCUUCUUUGUUUAUUUAACCAGAAAACAAAUUAGAUAA